UUUUAAUAGUUUCAAAACAGUUUGAAACAAUAUGUCAAAUUAUAUCGAUUGAUUUUAAAAAUAAUAACACAAUGAAAUGAUAUGGGUAAUAAGAAGAAGAGAGAAAAGCAUUCCGGACUAUCUUUGUCCCGCAUCGGAGCUUGUCUGGUACCAGGCGCCAUCUUUGCAGCUGUUCCAAGCACAGCUCGUAGCUUUUCUGAAACAUGGCCGCGAAGGAAGAAGAACCUGUCUACAUUGUCAACGGCGUUGGGAAGUGUUGGCAACUUAGCGCAGGCUAUUGUCGUCGGGGAGAGCCCAAGAAGGAGUAUGAAUGAGAAUGCUGGAACUUCGAAUGAAACUUUAGACAUGAACGAGGACUAUGAGUCAGAAGGACAUUACGCCACAGUGGAUGAUGCUUUAGUUGCUGAACGUAGAGGUCAGAUUGUAGAUAAAGAUAAGGAGAGUGCAGAAAACCCGCCAGUAGAACCAAUUUAUGCGAAAGUUAACAAGAACCGAAAAUCACAGAAAGAAGAAAUCAAUAUCCAUGCCAGUUCUGGCAGUGAUGAUGACAUAACCAGUGUUAGUGGAAUGGGAUCUGAUGAUGAUUCAAGUACAGCUGUCAAUCAUCCUGAUACUAAACCAUAUCCCAGGAAACAAAGCAGUAAGAAAAGAAAAAGCGGUAAAGAUAAGUCAAAAAAAAAUUCACCAAGAAAGAUUUCAGAGCAGAUUGAAAACGAGACAGUUACGAAAACAGAUUUAAAUGACAAUAUUUUGACAUCUGAAUUUAUGGAUGAUUUCAUUGAAGACAGAUUCUCCACAGACUUUGAAACUAAUUUGCAGAAUGAAUUUCGACUGCGUGACGAACAGACAACGGAAGAGAAUUUUGAAAGUCCUCCCCAAGUGGGAGGCGAAGAAUUUAAUGGAACUAGUAGCUUUGACAGCCCUGCCAGGGUUGAAGACGAACAAUUGGUGGAGAGUGGUAAUUUUGACCAUGCUACUAGGGUCGAAGAUAAACGAUUUAAUAAAACUGGUAGUUUUGACAGUCGUGCAAGCGUUGAAGACGACCAACUUCGUGAGACCAGUAUACAUAACUUCAGCGAUGUCUACCCUGGAGUCUUACAUUCUGGGAGAAAAGAGACACCACUAGGGGCUUCGGCCUCGGAUCUGGCGGCUUAUUCGUCCGAUGUGUCGCCCAUUGGGGAACGAGAAGCACCAAUUGGUAAAGGAUUAAGUACGGAAAGUAUUAAUUCUUACAAGGAGAGAUGGCAUACACUUGCACGUUCAGGAAAAACGUUAGAAUUUGAUGAAAAACAUGGUACAUCAGAAGACCUUCGGGAAGAGAAGAAAUUGAAGCAUCAACGACGACAAAAACUUGGCAAACAGUCACGCAAAUCAAAACAGAAGACAGGAAACCAUUUAGAAGAACCAAAACCAUCAGAAAAACAACAUAACUCAGCCAAGCAGAAGAAAGGGCAUCGUGAACGUUUUUCCCAGAGUGCCCAGUUGGUACAACAACAACUCGUAGUUGCUAACAAGUUGCGUGCUUUGUCAACGAAAGGAUCUUAUGCUUCGGAGACUCCAUAUUUGGAAAGUGAGAGUAGGUCGAGAGAAGACGUUUCUCAUUGUGAAACAAUCCCUGAUUCUAAUGAAAACCGUCAGGAGAGCCACACAGAUUCUGUUGAAGUUGAUCGAGACAAUAAUAAGUCUAAGACUACUAGUUUGCAACAAAUGUCUACGACAAUGGCAAAGGAAGCAUGUCGGAAACUUUAUCUUCAGGUUAAAACACUGGAUCGCGAGAAGUCAGCUUUGGAAGCACUCAGCCAAUCUUUAUCGGAAGAAAACACGAGUUUGAAAAAGCUAAACGAAUCUUUUGUCAAAAAUAUUGAGACGCCUGGCUCAGGUACUUCAUCUAAUCUGUUACAAAUGCAAAUUGAGGAACUGAAACGGGAAAAUGUCUUCUUGAAGGACUCUGUUCAUAGGCUGAGCGUGGAACUUGGUCGUUAUCAAGCUAAAUAUCGCCCACUUUCGCCUCAGGAAGUUGACCAGAUGUUUGUUAAUGAGGGUAACCUACCAGAGUGGCUUGUAAACAAAAAGUUUGUGGCUCCGCUAAUGCUUGCGUACGACGACCGCAUCAAAGAGAAUCAAGCAAUAAUUCAGACCUACGAGGAGCAGUUAAAAAAUUUCAAAGAGCGCCUUCAUAAAAUAAUGGACGAGAAUGUAAAACUAGAAGAGAAAUUUCGAAACUCAGAAUCAAAAAUGCAUGACGAGCUGGAAUGGCAACAAUUGGAAAAACAAUGCAAGUUAGUUUUGAGUGAAAAUGAAGUGUUAAUGGAACGUCAAGAGUUGCAAAACCAAAAGUUAGAAGAGCUCACGGCAUUCUAUAAAGGAGAAGUGACUCGGUUAUCCCAACAAUGCGAGAGGGCUGAAGUAGAGAAAAGCGGUUAUGAGUCGAAAAUAGAAGUUAUGAAUACGACUUUGAACGAGUACAAGCAAGAAUUAGAAGAAUCCUUGACACAGUGGAAGAAACACAUUUCUGUUGAAGAGCAUCUAGUAACUGUCAAUGAUAGCCGAAGAAAAUUGAGUGAAUUACGGGAAAAGACGCAAGAAGAAAUCGACUCCCUCGCUUCUCAGCUGCAGAGUGUGCGAAAUGAAAAUAACAAUCUGUCGGUGCAAUUAGCAGAUUGUAAGUUGGUUAAUGCGCAAUUAGAAAGAGAGAUUCAUAGUUUCACAGAAGUUCAAAGAAAAAAUGAGCGUAAGACUGUACUUCUUAAGGAGCAAUGUUCCCAUCUUCAGCAAAGGGAGGCUGCCGCGCAAAACACCCUAAGUGAAGUACUAAAAGUGGCUGAAAAGACAACUAUAGAAAGGGAUGCUCUUAACGAAAUGCUCGCCAGUAAACAACUAGAAAACAAGAAAAUUCACUCACUUGCUAAACUAGAAGAGGAUAAGCUCAAGGAAUGCAAGAACAAGGCUUUUCUCAAGAUUACAGCUUUUAAAGGAAGAGUAAAGGAACAAGAGCGAGCAGCUGAAUUGUUGAAAGAGCAUUAUGAAAAUGAAAUACAAGAUUUAAGAACUCUCGUUCGUCGCCAGCAAAAGCAAUUGGAAGACAUGGUAAAUGAUAAAAGGAAUUUAGAAAACGAGCUCAGCUGCAUAAACGAGAAAGCUGGUAACAUUAGCAUAGAUGAUGCAACCUGAGGCUCUCCUAGAACGUCGCCAUUCGAGAAAAAGAAUCGAUCUCCCGAAAUUUCUUCAUUUCUUUCCCCUUUCUUUCCCUAUUUAUUUUCAUGACAUUCUCUUUCUCCAAGAAUAUCAGCCUGUGUUCAGGCUCGUUUCAAUCAUGAACAUUAUUGGCAGUAAAUGCAUACAGCUUCCUAUGUUUUUGAUAACUGCUAUAGAUUUCCAUGGUUUCACCCUAAUCACGCUCGCCAUCUUAAGUAUAGUAUGCUUAGGUUUUGAUUACGUCACAACUGGCAUUGACGUUGUUUACAAGAUAAAAAUUAAAAGUUUGUAAACUUUGCAAAACUAAAAUUAAAUUAAAAAAAUUAUGAUGCCAAUUAAUGUUUUUUUUGUAA